UUUGCUUUGCCGUGUAAACCAGAGCGUGACACCUCAUAUUCUAUACGUGUAGCUUUCUUGUUGGACCUUCCCCUCACGGGUCCCCAAUUUCGUCUGCAACUUGCCUACCUCCACCGCUAUAAAGCGACCCCCAUUCUUCAUAUCCUCUCAUCCAUUACGUUCAAAGCAACAAUCACGCAUAAAGUAAUCAUAACUCGAUCAAGAUGCAAAUCUUCGUGAAAACUCUCACCGGCAAGACCAUCACCCUCGAGGUGGAGAGCUCCGACACCAUCGACAACGUUAAGGCCAAGAUCCAGGAUAAGGAAGGCAUCCCACCGGACCAGCAGAGGCUGAUCUUCGCCGGAAAGCAGCUCGAAGACGGCAGGACCCUCGCCGACUACAAUAUCCAGAAGGAAUCAACCCUCCAUCUCGUGCUCCGUCUCCGUGGUGGCAUGCAGAUUUUCGUCAAAACCCUCACGGGAAAGACGAUCACCUUGGAGGUUGAGAGCUCUGACACCAUCGAUAAUGUCAAGGCCAAGAUCCAGGACAAGGAGGGUAUCCCACCGGACCAGCAGAGGCUGAUCUUUGCCGGCAAGCAGCUGGAGGACGGCCGUACCCUUGCCGACUACAAUAUUCAGAAGGAGUCGACCCUCCACCUCGUCUUGAGGCUCAGGGGAGGAAUGCAAAUCUUCGUCAAGACCUUGACAGGGAAGACGAUCACCCUGGAGGUGGAGAGCUCGGACACCAUCGACAACGUGAAGGCCAAGAUCCAGGACAAGGAGGGCAUCCCCCCGGACCAGCAGAGGCUUAUUUUCGCCGGCAAGCAGCUGGAGGACGGCCGAACCCUCGCCGAUUAUAAUAUCCAAAAGGAGUCCACCCUCCACCUGGUGCUCCGUCUCCGCGGUGGCAUGCAGAUCUUCGUGAAGACCCUCACGGGCAAGACCAUCACCCUUGAGGUGGAGAGCUCGGACACCAUCGACAAUGUGAAGGCCAAGAUCCAGGACAAGGAGGGGAUCCCACCUGACCAGCAGAGGCUGAUUUUUGCCGGCAAGCAACUGGAGGAUGGUCGCACCCUUGCGGACUACAAUAUUCAAAAGGAGUCUACCCUUCACCUUGUCCUCCGUCUCCGUGGUGGGUUCUGAAGGAUUGGCCCCAAGCUCCCGUGAAUCUUAUGUUUUUAAGAAAUAAAUUUAAAUGUUUUUAAGUUUGUGUUAUGCUACAAUCACCUUAUAUGGUUAAGGCCCUGUUGGGGCCAUCUAAAUAAAUUUGGUUUGCAGUUUUAUAUUCUAAUACUUAUGCCGUAGAUUCUCUAU